CUGUCCAAAUGCAUAAUUUUGACUCCGGUGUUUUUGUUGUGUUAGGGUUCUGAAACUUUUAACUUUUGUUUUAUCACUUGCUGGGUACUGUCAGUCAUUUAAGCGUGGGUGUGUGACGGUGAUGGAUGCCGUGGGAACUCCCUGAACUGAGCGGCCUGCCGGUGUUUGCCUCCCAGUUGCUUGCCCUCCACGCGCGCCCUCUUCUCGCUCCCAUGAGUUUCUUCCCCGCGCCCUCCUUCUCAGCCGUCGCCACCAUGGUCGGCUACAACCCUGCUCUGCCCACGUCCGUUCCCCUGACGCAGGCCCUCGUACCGCCACCUCUGCCCCUCCCCACUGUCGCCACCACGCUCGACGGGAAGCCUGUCGAAGUGAUGGCGUCCCCCGCGUUCCACAGCAGCGACCCCGUCACCAAGGCAGUAAUGGACAACAUCAUGGGGAAGCUACCCACCAAAAAACAACCUGUGAUAUGCAAGUGUGAGGUCUGUAAUCUGGAAUUCUCCGGCCAGGUGGUGAUGGAUACGCAUCUUGCUGGAGCGAAACAUGCAAAAAAGGUGAAAUCGCAGGAGAUUCUGAAGCAGCUGCAGAGCAGCGGGCAGUCGUUCACGCGUGACGAGAAGACCAAGAUCCUCAAGUGCGAGGUGUGCGACGUUGUCGUCAACUCCUCGCAGCAGCUACAGACACACCUCACAGGCAACAAACACAAGCAGAAAGCGAUGAAAAAGGGCAGUUCUGUUGCGAAACCAUCCGGCGCUGCCGCACCGAAGACGGAAGCCAGUACCAGUUCUCCGGAGAAUGGAGUGGUGCCUGUAGGGUCAGCCCCGCAGAGUGUUAAGGGCGACGCGGCGGCGACCCCAGCCACCGGCAACGGGGAAGUGCCGCCCGGCGUCCAGAAGCUGCCCGAGGCCACCGGCUCAAAGGCCCACAAGUACUUCUGCGACACUUGCAACGUGUCGCUCAACUCGGAAAUACAGCUCGAGCAGCACCUGACGUCUCGCAAGCAUAAGGAGCGGAUGAUGAACGGCGGGAAGAGCAGGCAGCGCCCCACCCCGUACUGGAAGAGGCAGCGGGGUGGCUACGGCAUGCACGGCAUGAAGAAGGCCGGAGUGAAGGUCCCCAAGGCCGUGCAGUAUUCCCAACCGCUCACAAACAACUUUGUUAGCGGAGGGGCCAUGUUAUGAAGUGGCGACCCGCUGUGCUCGUCUGUACAAAUCUCUCAUGUUGCUGUGUUGCUGUUUGGUUUCCUUCCCGUUUUCUCUUGUUGCAAUAAGUUGUCGAGUGCCUGUCUCUGCGCUUUACUUCUCCCCUUGUUUCCGAUUCCGUUCAUGUCGGGCUCUGUUAAACGCUGCUCUCUAUUACACGCACUUGUCAAUUACUGAACUAUGUACAUGACCUGUCGAUUGUCGUACUGAGGUAUCCAUUUCUCGUCGGUAUGUUGUGGAAAUGUUUCAAGUCCUAUGCUGAUGUGUUAGCAUAGAAGUUGAGUGUGUUGUUAAUGUUUUAACCUGGAUUAUUGCAAUAAUGGGAAAAAGUUUGGAAACAUGUUUGUAAUGUGCAUGUAUUAUAGUUGUAUCUGUAGGUACAUGCAUUUCUGUAGCACAUGCACACAUCAGCAACGAGCUGGAAGUGGUGUUCUGUAUAAUUUUGUCAUGUUCCUUUCAAACUUUUUGCCACUUCGUGCUUUUUAGUUGUUUAAUCCGGCCCAAUAAGUUUUAAACUAUGUUGUAUCUGUGAUAAAAAGUUUAAUGGGAAAAAAGUGUAGCAAUGUAGUAUACAAUCAGUGGUGGUUUACGUUAUGAAAGGAAUGGUUCCUUCUGGACUUAUGCAUAAAAGUGAUUGGACAACUUUCCUUGUAAUUUGAAAGUAAUUAUUUUUUUUUAUCUUAAUUUUUGAGUGCUAAACUGCUACUGUAUUGUGGCUAGUCCUUUAAAAUGUUAAUCUUCGGGAGGUAAUCUCCUUAUUGUUGAGUAAGUUAUCCAUUAAUUGUAAUUUUUCAUUUUUAUUCUCUGAAGGCUUGUCUCGGCCUUGUCUGUUUAAAGUUGGACAGAUAAGGUUAUCUUUACAUUUGUCUUAUGCACUCUAAUGAACAGAAAAGUAAUACGCUCAAUCAUUUUUUACAUACAAUUUUGUUUUUAGCUGUUACAUUCUAUGUCCAAAAAUUUAAAAUUUCUUAAAUAACAAUUAGUAGAGUGAGCUUAAGGUCUAGAUAGUUUAAAAAGCUUUUUUUUUUUUUUUUUUUUUAAAAAACCAUACGUUUAUCAUGUUUCAUUCGUUAACUUAAUUUUAUUUAUUAUAAUGAUUAAAUUAUAUAUUGAAUACACUGGUUUAAACUAUUUUGUCGGUAAUGGGGGGUAUCGUGGUUGCAGUUAAUCUCUUAACUGUAAGAGUGCAUUUGAUACAAUGUGGAAGGCCACCUGUCUUGCCCUGUCUCUCAUAAUAACUUUUUCCGAGGCCAGACAGGCCCUUUGUGUGUUCUGUGUGGAAAAAAUGUUUUUCCAGUAGAUAAUUUAUUUUUUAUAGACUUAAGCCAAGAAGUAUAUUGCAUUGAAUGUAUAAACCAAAUAAAUAUUACUAUUUUUUUUAUGUUAUCUCCAAGAUAAAUUUAACUAUGAAUGUAUGAUUUGGGCUGUACUUGGAAAAUGUGGCAAAAACUUUUUUUUUUUAUUGCAUUGUAGGUUUACAAAUCAAAUUGAGAUUGACCUAAUUCAUGUUAGGAAAAAAAAUGUUAAAUUUAUAAUCUUGUUCUCAAACCCUUUUCCAAAACAUCAAACAAUUUGUGUAUGAUAUUUGUUCUGUUUUAAAUAGGAAAAAAAAAAAAACUUUAAUUUUCAACAAGUAGAGAUUCGUUUUAAAGUUCUCCAGUCAUGUACAAGCCUACCUGUUUUACCAGUUGUGUUGUUUGUGUGAAAUACUGGUUUUUGAAAUAAAAUAAUAAAUUAUUUUUUUAAGAUCUAUUUUAUUCAAUUUAUAAUAAAUUCUAAGUAUAAAGGUUAUUUAUUUUUAAAUUUGUUAAGUCUGAAUACGUAGGCGAAUGCAAUAAACUGUUAGUUAUAACUCCUCCUAAUAUAAAAUAAAAUAAAAUGGUCUCUUUUUACAGGUCAAUAUUUUCAUGUAGCUGUUUUUUGUCUAAAGAGGUACUAAUUAGUCAUUGGGCCAGAACGAUUCCCCGAUUUUGUGGGUAUGGUUUUGGUUUGUUUAAAUCUUGGAAUUAUCAUUUAAUUUAUUUUUGUACCCUUAUCUUACGUUUAUGAUUAUUAAUGUAACUUAAGUUUAUACUGCUAAAUAAGUGAACAACAAUAUUUUUUCAGUUACCAUGUUAUCUAACAUAUGCCAUAGAGUAUGGUUUAUCUAUCAUGAAGUCUAGGAUUUACUUCUACACAUUAGUUGUUAGUACUAUUGUUUCAGAUUUAUGAUAUAUGGUUUUAAUGAACAUUAAAGGCCAACUAUGUAAACGAAGCAUUUCGGCAAAACAUAGAUAUAGUUAUACCAUUAUGAAACAUUGAAGUUUACAACAUGCUUUUUGUCUUUUUUUUUUUUUUUUUUU